AUGUCAGCUUCCGCAUCAUCACUCCCAAACUCUUCCACACCUCUGUUGGCUCUCCUUCCAUCUCCCCUUCGUCACUUCUCCUCACAGCUAAUACAGGUUCUGGCUCUGUUUCCAGGCCACCUUGCAGCCAUAACUCAAGCAAUAUUUCCAAUAUGCUUCCAGAUCAAAUUUCCAGCACCUGAUUCCAGUCCACGCUCCAGCAACUGCCUCCAGCCCACGUUCCAGCACCUGCCUACAGCCCACGUUCCAGGACUUGCCUCCAGCUCACGUUCCAGGACUUGCCUCCAGCCCACGUUCCAGCACCUGCCUCCAGCCCACGUUCCAGCACCUGUCACCAUUCCACGUUCCAGCACCUGUCACCAUUCCACGUUUCAGCACCUGUCACCAUUCCACGUUUCAGCACCUGUCACCACUCCACGUUUCAGCACCUGUCGCAUUCCACGUUCCGCUGUCGCAUUCCCGUUCCAGCACCUGUCACCAUUCCACGUUCCAGCACCUGUCACCAUUCCACGUUCCAGCACCUGUCACCAUUCCACGUUCCAGCACCUGUCACCAUUCCACGUUUCAGCACCUGUCACCACUCCACGUUUCAGCACCUGUCACAGCCCAUCUUCCAUCACUUCUCCUUCCAUUUAG